CAACGCUCAACCCCAUUCAGAUCAACGUCGGCGAAAGUGCGGAAGUUCCCCAUGCACAUAUUUUCGCACGCUCUCGUGAUGUGACCAAUGGUAUAUAGCGAUAAGCUACGUCCCCACGCCUCGUUUGGUCGUGUCGGAGUAGCGGCGCUGCCUUCAUCAUUUGUAAACAGGAAUCCAUACCACAAGCGAUGCUGUGCUCCUGCUGCAAGCAAGUGUUUGACGAGCCCGCCGUCAUUCAAGGCGAGAAUGGCGCAUGGCGCUGUACGGCGAAAUGGUCGCUCACCUUGGCCGCCAUCAAGAAGAGCAGCGUGUUCUGCGUCGCCUGCCACGCCAUGGUUCGCUUGCUCAAGAGGCAAACCCUCUGGCACGGGAGGGAAGAUCUGGUCCUUCAUCUUAGCAGCAACCUAGCGAGCGUCGGAUUUUUCCAAGGCCGGUUACCUUGUGUAUUUUUCAAGGUUGACGAUGCUGAGACGAGGACGAACUUGUCGGAAAUCAUACUGCUCAUCGAGCAAGUGAAUGAUCAGGGUUCACUCGAGCUUCUUGCCCAGCCGACAUCUACGAGUACCAACUCCCCCGAGACAUUUGCGUUCGUCAAAAAAUGCAUGCAAAACUGUCUGACCAGUCACAAAAUUUGCCAGGGCGGCACCACUCAACCGCCUUGGUACCCAACGCGCCUCAUCCAAGUCGAGCAUUCCCAGGCGAGGCUGGUCAUCACACGGGACACGCCACCCAGAGGCCCGUAUGCGACAUUGAGCCACUGUUGGGGCGGGCGCGCCGAUGUCAAGCAGUGCACAACCAAAAACCUGGAGGAGCUCAAGAACGGCAUCGCACUUACAUCCCUGCCCGCCAAUUUCCAAGAUGCCAUACAUGCUGCGCAAGCCCUCGGCAUCAACUACAUAUGGAUCGACUCUCUGUGUAUCCUCCAGGAUUCCGAUGCCGACAAGAUAACCGAGAUCAAGACUAUGCUUAACGUCUACCGGCAGAGCGUCCUGACCCUCGCCGCCACGCGGGCUGUCGACAGCCACGCCGGCAUGUUCGUCACUCGCUCGCCCGAGAACCUGUCUUCAGGGCCAUUCCGCAUUUCCAACGGCGCCCUGGACGGCAUGUUUGUCGCUGUAGAGGCUGCCGUAGACUCCCGCUGGCACUGGAAAGAUGUGAUCGAUCACGCGCCGCUCAAUGAGCGUGGCUGGGUUCUGCAAGAGCGAUAUCUCUCGCCUCGCCUCGUGCACUUUACCGACGACCAGGUCAUAUGGGACUGCGCCGAGUCCACCGCGCCCGAGUUUGUCCCCUCGGGCGCCCGGGCUCUACCGCAGGUAGAGUCUUCCGGCAUCGGACCCAAGCGCUAUUCGAGCAUCCUGGUCUCCUCCCCCGAGAAAGACCAGGCGCCGGGGCAGUGGUCCAGAAUCGUGGAAUCAUACUCACGGUGCCGACUCUCGCACACGUCGGACAAGCUCCUCGCCCUUUCGGGCGUCGUGGAAUCGCUACAGAGCGUGCUCGGAGCUAACGGCGGCCCCUGUGUGGGUUUGUGGAGGUUUCAGAUGGAGAUACAGCUUUGCUGGAGAGCCGAGCACUCCCAGGUGGACAUUCCUACCAGAAAUCGAUUUGCUCCCUCGUGGUCCUGGAUGAGCGUAGACGGGCCAGUCAUCACCUCCCAGCUGCAACACUACCACGACGAAGGAUAUGAUACCCAGCUGCUCGCUCAGAUUGUCGGCGUUGACAUGGACAUACCCGAAGAGAACAGCAGCUGCCAGCACGGGAGCCUGCGCCUCCGCUGCAUCCUCAACGCCGUCCAGCUGGAGGCGGGGCCUUCGCCCAUCCUCACAGGUGCCACCAUGCAGAAGAAUUCGGUGGUGCAGUUUGAUUCGGCCGACGCGGCUGAUCCUGCUGGGCCAUUAUUCUUUGCACCCAUUUUUGGCGUCGGGGAUGCGCCUGAGCACACGAAAGGACCAUACCCGCCGCUCGAAGUCAGAGGACUUUUGUUGGAGUUGAUAGGGGAUGAGGCGGCUGGAAUUUAUCGACGCCUCGGGCAUGUGCUCACCUGCUCGAAUGAGGAGCUUUAUUACAGCGGGGACUUUAGCGAUGGCUACCUCGACAUGCUCCCGCCGGGUGUUCGCCCCGGUCAACCUGCUUCUGUCGAUAUGUUUGGUGGGGCAGGGAAGACGAUCACCAUAAGAUAACACAGCAUCUGUCCGAAUAUACGACAUCAAGGCACCGUGGGUCCUGACCUCUUCACACGCGCGGCCCUCGCAUUAUUCUUGUUAGGUCUCCUUCCGUCCUUGAUGUUGCAGGUUCCUUUGGGUACGUAUAUUUGAUAAUAAUCAAUAUGGCGACACCCAAUUCCCUUUGCUUUAACUUGCGAAGUCCCGUGU